AUGUAUUUCGACAGUGAAGGAUCUCCUGACCUGUAUAAGGACCUGUAUCUACAGGACAUUCACUGCGUCAGCUCUCUGUGUAAGGCGUAUUUCAGAGAGCUGCCCAACCCUCUGCUCACAUACGAGCUGUACGACCGCUUCGCCGACGCAGUGGCGAUUCAGCUGGAGGACGAGCGGCUGGUGAAGAUUAAAGAGGUUCUGAAGGAUUUACCAGCUCUUCAUUACAGGACUCUGGAGUAUUUGAUGCGUCAUCUGGUCAAGAUGUCCACUUUCGCCUCUCAGACCAACAUGCACUCCAGAAACCUGGCCAUCGUCUGGGCCCCGAACCUCCUCAGAUCGAAGGACAUCGAGUCGACCGGUUUUAACGGCACCGCGGCGUUCAUGGAGGUUCGGGUUCAGUCCAUCGUGGUGGAGUUCAUUCUCACUCACGUGGCCGAGGUUUUCUCAGGAACCGGAUUGUCUGUGGAGCGCAGGAAGUCCCUGCCGUCUCCCUCAAUACUGUCCACUCAGGACGAUCAUUUCUUCAAGUCUCUACCGUUACACUGUCCAGGAAACCUCAGUCCAGGAGACGGACCUCCAGCCAUGCGGUCGUAUCACGCUAUUAUUGACGGCACUGACAAGAGGAAGGGCUCCCUCAAAGGAAGGAAGUGGAAAUCCAUCUUUAAUUUGGGCGGAAGACUCCAAGAUCCGCGCAAGAAGAACAAAUACUGUCCUAAAGAUAAAGAGAAGACGGGUCUGAGGCCGGCGAAGAGCAUGGACUCUCUGAGCUCAGGUCCUUAUGCACUAGACGAGUCCAAACAUCAUCCUCCUCUGGUUCUGUCCACGGUGUCAGGCAGCUCAGAGGGCGUGGCUUCUGCCGGCGGGGGCGUGUCCAGUGGAUACGCGGUGACCUACAGGCGAACGGGCGGAGCUCAGGUCAGCAUGGUGAGUGGAGGGACUCCAGGAACUUAUAACCGUCUGGAGUCUGGGGGCGGAGCCGAGGGUGUGUUGCAGGGCGUGGCCAGAUCGCCCGGAAUGACCAGCAAAGCAGACCGGCGCGCCGGGAUACACAUAUCAGGGCCAUUUUCUGUAACCGUCCCGCUUCAUAUAACGUCUGGACUGGCUCUGGGUGUCCUGCACGGUGGCUGGAACGACAAGGAACAAACUCUGCAAGGAGACGAAGCAGAAGAUGAGGAAUUUAGGAGCACAGAAACAGAGACUGAGUCCACAGAUGGGAAUCCACAGAGCAAAAAUUAUGAUGUUCAAGAGAGUGAAAGAGAAACUAAUAGUUAUGUGAAAAGUCAGGUGGAUUGUGGGAAGGAUAUGGCAGAGAUUACAAAAAAGGAGAAUGACAUGCCAGAAAAAGGAGAUGCAUCGAAUGCCAAAGAAGCAGAGAAAGAAAAUCUGAGUCAGAAUCAAGAGUCUAUGAAGGAAAAUGUAGAAGAUACACAACCACAAAGCAAAGAGGAAACCACAGAAGAGGAUUACAUGGACAUGAGAGGAAACCUCCAUCAGGAACCCGACAGUCCACACUUCUAUGAGGACAUGGAGUUUCCAGACCCAGAUCUGCCACUGGAUUUUCAGGAAGCAUUUGGGUUCCUGGAUUCGAUGGACAGCUGUACUGCAAACCAGGUUGAGUUCUCAGUCGAGGCGCCUUGUUUUGAGGAGGAAUAUGAGGAUGAGGAGGAUGAAAACAAGGACAGUCUGUCGCAAAACUGCACUAAUGAGCAUCAAACACAGUCCUUCACACACAGGCCUCUUCCUGGAAAAUCACACAGCCUGCCGUAUAAGUGCCGCCCCUUCCUGCCGACCCCAUCAUUAUCCUCAGAUGACGAGUACAGCCCUGCUGAUGAUGAUAAUGAUGACGAGUCUGAUAAAGGUUCUGAAUAUGAGGACAUGUUUUGUCAGAGUCUCCCAGCCUGUCGGGAUUUCCAGGGACUGUCUUGGUUGAGUCCACAAACCACCGCUGACUCGUCUACUAGCAACGAUGUAGAUCUUCACACUAGUAACCAAUCAAACGCACUUCCUCCAGAGAACAAUAAUGAUGCACAAUCCAUCGACCAAUCAGAAGACACGAUUCCUGCAGCUUCUGCAUCGACAGACAGACGUGAACCUGCUUUUGAUCCAUCACUUUGUGAAGAACAUCUCAGUUCAGCUGUAUUAAAGACAGAUGAAGUGUGUAUGGAUGAAAAGAAGAACGAUGAGAGAGAUUCAAAGAAUGUGGAGAAUGAUAAACACACACUGAUAAGAGAAGAUGAUCUAGAGAGUGAAGCCAGUGAAGAAGACACUUAUUUUGGACCGGACUCGAUUCCUUCUUCACCAGAACCCGACCAAACUGAGACCGACAGCACCAGCGUUCCUGAGCCCAUCCCAGCACUGUCUCCAGCUGAAGAUGCUCAGCAGGUGCUGGAUGCUGACGGUUACCAUGGUAACAGUGAGGUAACCAUCACAGAUGAGCUCAAGGAUGCAGACCGCGUCUCGCUGACUCCUCAAGACCAACCGCCAGAGGAACAAACACUGAUUAUCCACCAAACAAAGACCGAAGAGGGUCAAGCGGUGGAGGCUGAGAAGAGAGCGGAAACGGAAGUUAUAGUGGAGUUGGAAAAAUGCAGGGAAAAUGAAGGAGAAGAGUGUGAGAACAACAACAAAACAGACGCAGGUGAAGGAAAUUGUGAAGAUGCUGAAGAAGAUGCAAAACCUGGCUCUGCAGAGGAAUGUAGUGAUGGGAACGGAGAACAAAAACAAGUGAACACUUCUGAAAGAAAAGAGGAUUUCAAGGAAAAUAGUGGAGAUUGUGAGGAAAAUGCAAAUGAUGGACCUGAAGAAGUUGCCAGAAGACAAGAUUUAGAGAAAAACAGUGGAGAAUGUGAAGAAGGAGAUGAAGGACACGCAAAAGAAGGAGAACAAGAAGCUAAAAGACAAGAAGAUUUAGAGGAAAAUAGUGAAGAAUCUGAGAAGGUAGAUGAGGAACAUACAAAAGACAAAAACGAAGCUGAAAGACAAGAAUAUUUAGAGGAGAAUAGUGGAGAUUGUGAGGAAAAUGCAAAAGAUGGAUCUAAAGAAGAAGCCAAAAGACAAGAUUUUGAGAAAAGCAGUGGAGAAUGUGAAGAAGGAGAUGAAGGACACACAAAAGAAGGAGAACAAGAAGCUAAAAGACAAGAAGUUUUAAAGGAGAAUAAUGGAGAAUCUGAGAAGGUAGAUGAGGAACAUACAAAAGAAGGAGAACAAAACAAAAACGAAGCUGAAAGACAAGAAGAUUUAGAGAGAAAAAAUGGAGAAUGUGAGGAAAAUGCAAAUGAUGGACCUAAAGAAGGAGAACAAUACAGAAACGAAGCUGAAAGACAAGAAGAUUUCGAGGAAAAUAGUAAAGAAAAUGCAAAUGAUGGACCUGAGGAAGAAGCCAAAAGACAAGAUUUAGAGAAAAACAGUGAAGAAUCUGAGAAGGUAGAUGAGGAACAUACAAAAGACCAAAACGAAGCUGAAAGACAAGAAGGUUUAGAGGAAAGCCAUGAAGGAAACUCUGAGGAGGACGUGAACGUAAAAACAGAAAGUUCUGUUGAGGGAGAUCUUUCUCCUGAAGGUGGAGAUGAUCCUGAGAAGUCCACACUCGUGCAGCGUCCAGACGAGAUGCAACACGAACAAACAGAAAGCAAAGAGACGGAAGAGGAGACGUCUGAUCAGAUCUCAGCGGCGCCUCGCAAACGCAAACCUGCGAAUCCCACCAAAGCGGUUCCUGCCGUCCCUCCCAAACCUCAGACCUCCAAACUCACGGCGUUCACGCUCAGAAAACAGCUUCAGCACAGACAACACGACGAUAAAGAGGCGCAGGCAACCGACCAAGAACAUGGAGCAGAAACUAAAACGCCGCAGAGAGAAAGCGCGGGGAACUGUAAAACACAGCCGAGACGCGCCGAUGUGGACGGGACGAGGCUGGACUCCGAGGGUCCCACAGAGAGACGGGAAGCAUGGGACGCAGACAGAGAGGCCAAGAGGAACAGCGGCAUCAGCAUGUGUUUCGAUGAAGCCGUGGCUCGAGCCACAGAGAAGAGGAGCCGAGAGAGAGAGAGCACAGAGAGACUAUCAGGAGCGCAGUGGGACAGAGAGUGCCGGAAAGACGGGAAAACUGACUGACUUGAGAGCAAACCUGUAAAAUAUUACGUGCAAAAAAAGGUGUUCACAUUUUCUUUCAAUAUACUCAUUUUCACACACACACACACACACACAUAUAUAUAUAUAUAUAUGGGGUUAGAAGGUUUGUAUAGCUGAGAAGUGCAUCUCAAAUGUGACCCUGGACCAAAAAAACAGUCUUAAGUAUAAAUUUUUCGAAAUUGAGAU